GCAAAAAUGGAUGACCAAGGGGAUGAAAUGGACCCACAGGAACUGAAGAAACGUAAAAAGCAGGAAAAGCUGCUGGCCAAAAGAGCGGAAGCAAUGGCGGCUCAAAAUCAACAGUGCAAGAACCACCUGGUCCGGGAACUGGGCUUUUCGUCGCAAAGUGAGCGCAAACUCUUCGAGCAUUGGGAGCGCAUGUGUACCGAGGUGAAAUGCGAGCAGAUGCUGGAAGAUUUGAGGUACCUGCAGCAAAGUGUUGGUACGGUGGUUGAUGGGAAAAACUGUUGGAUCGAUCGAAUGGUUACAUUCCGGGAUGAGAUCGGAGCAAUCCAUGACAAGUGUUUGCACCGCAUGAAAAGCAUACUGGAUUAUUACAUUCGAUUGAAAAACUUCCUGACCACCACGAUGAUGGCGCAAUACCAGGAAGAUCGCACGAAGCUUCUGGAAGAGUUCGGUGAAGAGGCUUUAGCCAAAGAGGAGUACAGCUCAUCGCAAAUGGAGCAACUGGAGGCUGCACUGGCCUCACUAAAGAAAAAAAUGGCACAAGACGAGCGCAACGAUCACAACUGGCGCCUCGAAUGUAACGACGCUAAUAUCAGUGUGCAACUGGAGAAAUGCGAAAUUUUGCGCGACAAGAAGUACACCGAGCUGACCACACUCUACCGGCAGCUGCAAGCAACCCUUGACGAGUACUUCCGCACGGUGCUCUUCCCCGAACGCCAAAAGUCCUACCAACGGCUCGUGCAAGACACUCAAGCUGCCGAACAGGGCAUCGAGAAGCGCCGCAACCAAAUCGCCGUACUGCAAAUGCGAAAAACGCAACUCGACAACACACUAACGCUAGCGCGUAUCGCCGGACGCAGGAAACUGAACACACGUCGUAACUAUCGGAAACUGCUCGAACUGAAGCUGCAUCUACUAAAAGAGCAGGAGCGCGGCCAGGCGAAGGAUCAUCAGGCACGAUUGCGUGAAAUAUGCCACAUAACGCACCAACUGAAGAAGCUACUCCGUGAACAUCUCCUUUGGGGUGAAAAGGUUGCCAAACUGGCCCGUACCUGUGCUCAAUACGAAACGGAACAGGAUGUCCGGUACACCGGCCGCUGGUUCAAACAACCCUGCGACGAAGCGACCGACCACUACGAGUAUCUGUUCGCCAAGAUUAACCGCAUCGAAGCGAUCAACAUAAUUCUGCGCGAAGAGCGCACCGUACUGAGGGGUCGCAAUGAGGAACUACGGACUCAGCUUCAAUCACUCUGCCAGCAGUACAAGAUCAGCGAGCCGGAAAAGUUACGACUUUGUGGUGUGGAAAUGGCGGACCGGCUGACCGACGCGCACUCAUAAAGCCCAUCUCGCGAGUGGCCGAGAGGAGAUUUAUGUCUAUAUCGUAGGACCACUUAACCGGCCACCGCAGUGACCGCUCGGAGAUGCUCGGUCUCAUCCCAAGGGCGGCGUCGUAGUUAAGAUCACAUUUUCGGUAAAGCUCGCGCUCACCGGCGGUGGUGGCCAUUAAA